AUGAAUUGUUUUUCAUGUUUCGCAUCCCAUGAGAGGAAAGCGUCCAAGAGGUGUGGUGGCCGGACAAAAGGGUCGCCGCAGCCUCUGCCACCACAGCGCAGGCCGCAGCGUCGAGCACCACCACGGCCACGGCCAGAAAAGGUUCCAGAAGAAGCUAAAAAUAAUAAUGCUCCAAAUCAAGAAGGAGGCAAAAAUGCAGCCCUAACUUUCACCUACAAGGAGUUGGCGCAGGCAACAAAGAACUUCCGGCCAAAAUGUAUGUUGGGUGAAGGUGGGUUUGGACGAGUUUACAAGGGUUACCUUGAGAAAACAGGCCAGAUUGUAGCUGUGAAGCAACUUGACCGCAAUGGAUUGCAAGGAAACCGAGAAUUUCUUGUAGAGGUUUUGAUGCUGAGCCUUUUGCACCACCAAAAUCUGGUAAAUCUGAUAGGAUACUGUGCUGAUGGAGAACACAGGCUUUUGGUAUACGAGUAUAUGCAAUUGGGAUCUCUGGAAGACCAUCUACUGGAUCUUCCACCAGGCUGCACUGCAUUGAGUUGGCUCACAAGAAUGAAAAUAGCACUAAAUGCUGCCAAAGGUCUUGAAUAUUUGCAUGAUAAAGCCAACCCACCUGUCAUUUACCGUGAUUUAAAAUCCUCCAACAUCUUGCUGGACAAGGAUUUUAAUGCAAAACUCUCCGAUUUUGGUUUAGCCAAGCUCGGACCUGUGGGUGAUAAGUCAUAUGUAUCUACCAGGGUGAUGGGAACAUACGGUUAUUGUGCCCCCGAAUACCAAAGAACAGGCCAAUUAACAUUGAAGUCAGAUGUAUAUAGCUUUGGUGUCGUUUUCUUGGAGUUAAUUACUGGAAGAAGAGUUAUUGAUAACACGAGGAAACGUGACGAACAAAAUUUAGUAACCUGGGCAGAACCCAUUUUCAAGGAACCAAGUAGAUUCUCAGAACUGGCUGAUCCACUGCUUCCAGAGGUCAUCCCGAAGAAAAGCUUGAAUCAAGCAGUUGCUGUUGCUUCUAUGUGUCUUCAAGAAGAUGCAUAUGUUCGUCCUUUGAUAAGCGAUGUGGUCACUGCUCUUAGUUAUCUUUGGGUCGGACCAGAUAAUACAGUAUUGGCUUCGCAUAUUGCGUCUCCAUCUUCAUCUUCUUCCCAACUGAUCGGAUCACCUGCAAAUCAUCAAAACGAGAUUGCUGAUGCAGAACAAGACAAACAAGCUCUAGACGACCUGGAAUGGGGUGCGAUUUCAAGGAAUCCUAGACGAUCGUGCUCUUCAGCUUGA